AUGACGAACGGUCGUGAAGUAUCUAACAAGCCCGAUAUUUCUACGCUUGACCCUUCUAUUUUGGAUGAUGCAUCGAUUCCUAUCCGGAAACGCAUGGAAACGUACGUGAAGCUGUUGCAACGCCGGCUCAUGGAUGAUGUUGAGGCAGAAGAAAACUCUAUCCGUUCAUCGUAUGAUCCGAAGCAGUUCCUUGUAGAGUCUUGGACGCGCAAGGAAGGUGGUGAGGGAAUUUCCUGUGUGCUUCAGGAUGGCAAGGUCUUCGAGAAGGGUGGCAUCAAUGUGAGCGUCGUAUAUGGCAAUCUGCCGCCUCGUGCUAUUCACCAAAUGUCCGCUGACCAUAAUGGACUAAUUGAUCGUGUUGGCUACAAAAUUGAAGGCCCCGAUGCUGAAGUGGAUGGACUUCCGUUUUUCGCGACGGGUAUUAGUGUGGUGAUUCACCCCAAGAACCCCAAAAGCCCCACUUCACACUUCAACUACCGUUACUUUGAGCUCAUGCAUCCAAAGACGCUCAAAGAUGGAUCACCGAAUCCCCGUUUUAAUGAAACUGAGCCUGUGGCGUGGUGGUUUGGUGGUGGUGCGGACUUAACGCCCAUGUACUUGUAUCCUGAGGAUGCGAGGCAUUUCCACACCGUGCUGAAAGAAGCCGCUGACUCGCAAGAUGUUGCAUUUUACCCGGCAUGGAAGAAAUGGUGCGACAGCUACUUUAUGAUCACGCACCGUGGCGAGAGCCGUGGUAUUGGCGGUGUGUUCUUUGACGAUUUGUCUUUGCCUUCGUGGAGCAACACGAAGCCGACGUUCAUUCCUCUUGUGGAUGGCUCCAUCCACCCACAGACGCAGCUUGUGUCGACAAAGCAGCAUGAUAAGGAAUCGCUCUUCCGCGCUGUUCGCGCGAUGGGUGAUGCCUUUAUUCCCGCUUACCUGCCGCUGGUGAACAAGCACAAGUACGACACGUUUGACGACCUGAACGUGGAGUGGCAGCAGCUCCGUCGCGGACGCUAUGCCGAAUUCAACCUGGUGUACGAUCGAGGCACUAAGUUUGGGUUGAUGACGCCAGGUGCACGUAUCGAAAGCAUUCUCAUGAGUCUGCCGCUCAAGGCGCGUUGGGAGUACAUGGAUGGCACGACAGGAACGGGCCGCGAGAUCUCUGCUGCGGCGAAGCUGAUCGAUGCGGAGAAGAAGAAAACGAAUCCCGAGGGCGAGAUGAAGGCUCGUGAAGAAAUGCAGCGUGUCCUUGAAAAUCCCGUCGACUGGGUUUAA